AUGGCGUCCCGAUGCAACCCGGCGAUUCGACGAGCCAAUGGCGGCUUCCAAUUGAGUCAAUCCGACGCAGGUCGAGGGGAAGAAGCAACGACGUUUCGAAGCCACGCGGUCAAGAUCGCGAACGUGGAGAGGUGCACAUACCCCCGGAAUGGCGGCAAGUUUACCUUGGACUACUCUUCGCGCCCUCACACAGAGCCUGAGAGAAUCACCCUUCCAUCGAUCCGCCAGGCCAUCCCGGAACUUCAACUUCGCCUGCAGCCCCAGAAGGCCUCAACCACUAAGACCACUUCCUCCAACACGUCACCAACAGUCGGCUAUGCCAGUGUCAUGACGCCGCCCGAGUAUGUUCACCUGCCGAACUCGAACAAGAAGAGGAGGCUUUCGAUCGACGAGGAGCAGGAGAGCGAGAGACUCAGCUGCGUGCCGAGACUGUACGAGAGCCUGGCACGGGUUCCCCAACGGCACAUUUCUCCACCAGCCCCGUCCCGCUCUGCCACCAAGAGCUGGACCGGAUCUGCGAGAACGAGCCCGUACAUUUCUUCAUCAGGCAUGCCAUCCAUGAGGUCCCCGGCCAUGGAGGUCCACGAGCGAUCCGAGACCCACCCAACACUCCCCAGUCUCCCGCCCUUCCAGCCUAUCCGUUCUUCUAUUGGCAUGUCGGCAGGGCCCAUGAUGGAGCCAGCACUUUACCGCACCAGUGGCUCUGCAUACGGAUACCACCACCCCAGCCGGGUCCAGUCUCUAUCCCUGGACGCCAUUCACACCUUUGACCGCACUCCUUUCUCGGCUGCUGGCAACGGCCACGACCCGGAAUUCACGCGCAUCGGAGAGCUCGGCGCCAUGGGGAUGCACGGCGACAGCAAGCAGCACAAGCGUCGCGGCAACUUUCCCAAGGAGACAACCUGCAAGCUGUGUGCGUGUUUCGACGCUCACCUCCGCCAUCCGUAUCCCACCAAACUCGAGAAGCAGGAGCUUAUGCGUCGGACCGGUCUGCAGAUGAAACAGAUCUCUGGAUGGUUCGCCGAAGCGCGAAACCAGCUGCGGCUCAUCACGAUCAGCAACACUCGCGCCCAGUUGACUAUGUCCAACCGCAGCGGCGAGAGCAGGAUCCUCCCGUCGACAGAGCGCGGUGAGUUCGAUGACGGAAAGCGCUUCAGCGUGCCCCUUAGCGAAACCGAUGUCUUUGACGAGGACCUAGAUAGUCUAAAGCACCAGAGCUCGGCGCAAAUUAAGAGGGGAAGCGUCUGAGAGCGAGAGGGGGAAGGACAAGAGUGCGGAGUCAAAGAAGUGACCCCGCCGCCUCAUCCAUUUAUCAUCAAAGACAGAGGAAAACAACCCACAAGCAAACCCAGACAAAGUCCAAAACAAGAUACCUUUGUCAUUAUACCGGGAACAUUUCACGCAUAUUUCAUUAUUCAGCGACGCAAUACAAUCGCAAGACCCAUCACACGUCACAAAAAUCGGCUGGUACCAGGGGCAAAAAGCUUCUAAUCUCUUCUGCUUUCACGAGCUCUUUCCUGUACAAAAAGUAAUAUCGCAUGGGGAAUGGAUUAGACAGGGGCGUCCUCUAAUACCGUCAUUUUCCAUUUCGAUCUUUGUGUCUAUGAGGGAUAAUGUUUGUAUGUAUCUUCGAACACGAGGAAAAUGGUCUCCUCGGUGGGGUUCCUUGCGGAUGGCCAAGGGCGAGAGGAGGCUUCCACUCGCUCACGACAGGACUUGGGAAAAAGAUGGGAACGGGAGGCUAUAGGACAGACAAAUAAGUAUUAAACUUCUGUUAAAAAUUGGUUUCCUAUUGUUGUUGUUUGUCAAGGGGGAGGGAGGGAGGUGUUUAUGGGCGACGACGGGUAUCAUUCUGAUGUCGGCCGAAUCGGAGGCUCCCAUUCUCUCUCUCUCUCUCACACCACAAGAUACGUAUUGGUGCAGUCGUUCGGGUAAAGGCUAUCGAGUUUCGAAAGGUCAAACGAUUGGCUCGAGAAAGCCGAACGGUCGGUCAAGCUGUUGUCGGUCAGGAAAAUUGAGAGAGGUCAGUCGGAGAGACGGAUUGAUCAGCCCCUAUGUACUGUACGUCUUCAGGCGGUCACGGUUCGAGUCUCAAUGUGAAGUUAGCGAUGCUGGGGUAUCACAAGACUGUUGCGUCGAGAAGUGAGAAGCGAGGUUCUUGACGCGAGCUUUCGCCUCGUGGAGGAGGGAAGUGACAUGCGGACGAAAGUGAAGAGUGGAAAGUGGGUGAAGU